AUACGGCGUAUCUGCUCUUCAGUGGGACUCUGCUGUGCCGUAAGAUUCUACUGCAACUAUAACUACCUGCUAGUUAGCCCUACCAAUAUUACGGCGUAUCGUCUUUGGCAAAUUAUGAUGGAUUGUCUACGUCAAAGGACUACGUGCAGUCAUAUUCCAUUGCUCAGCCUGCCGAUCGACGAUUAUUGUAAUUUCAGCUAAUGUGAGCUGUUGAAUCGGGCGUCUGGGAAUUGAGCGCAUCAUGUAUAUUUAUACUGCUUCGUUCACCCAAGUUUUGGGUUUAAUCUUCAUUCACCAUCACCUAAUCCUGCUAGAAAGUUGGCAAUAGACAAAAUGGGUUCAUUUCGGAGCAUCUUACAGCUUUCCUUCAUUACUUUGUCCCUUGCCCAGCAUUCCGGGACCUCUAAACUCCAAUGGGGACCAUGCAACAGGACCGAAGUCCCUGGCGAUAUUCCUGUAGAAUGCAGCACUCUAUUGGUUCCACUUGACUACACUCUUCGAAAUUCCAGCGAGACGCUGCAACUAGACCUCGUCAAAGUUAUCGCGCCAGUGAAACCCUCUAAGGGGAGUAUCCUCUUCAAUUUUGGGGGGCCUGGUGGUACGGCACGGGAUGAAAUAGGGGUUACCCCUAUAGCCCAAGAAUUGCUAGCACUUACUGGCCGUCAAUAUGACCUUGUGGCGUUCGAUCCACGUGGUACCUCCGGCUCAAAAAUCCCUAUGAAAUGCUACGAUAAUGAAUAUGAGGCUUGGUCGCUGUUCUUCGACCAGAAACCUUCCAACGGUUCUGAUGCUGAAUUAGGAAAUAGCUGGGCGCGUGGGCAUAUGGUCUCUGAACAAUGUCUAAAGACGCAAAAGAAAACCGGCAGCCUCAUUAGCUCGGCAUUCACUGCAAGAGAUAUGAUGCAAGUUGUUGAUGCACUCGGAGAAGAUGGGUUGUUACGGUAUUGGGGCUUCUCAUAUGGCACUACACUUGGGGCAACCAUUGCUGCGAUGUUCCCCGAUAGGAUCGAUGGAAUGAUCCUUGACGGCGUUCAAAACCCGCACGAGUAUUAUCACGCACAGGCUGACUUUCAGGAGUGGACAGACUCAGAUAAAGUCUUUUCGUCCAUUUUUACCGGCUGCGUGGCAAAUCGCGAGAACUGUGCCUUGGCUACCGGUAACAACAAGACAGCCGAUGAGCUUGAGCAAGCUGUCUGGGAUCUUCUGGACAGGGUCAAGUACAAUCCGAUCGCUUUAAGAAAUUUGAAGAUCGACUACACAUUAUUGAAGAGCAUCAUAGUGAACGCCCUUUACAAUAGUAAACAAUGGCCAGAAUUGGCCCUAUCGCUCCAUUAUGUUCUCUCGGACCAGCUCGACUUACUACAGGAUUUGCUGGAUGCAGUGAACGCGACGGGUAUUACUGACAUCUUUGCUGCGAUUCAACAGACGCAAUCUCUUGCGGGUAUACACUGCGGCGAUAACAUGGUUCGAACUGAGAAGUUUGAAGACUUUGUACCGGCUGUCCAGUACAUGUACAAUACAAGCAGGAUUAUCGGCGACGCUUUGGUAAACUUGUAUUCCACCUGCGCGCAAUGGAAGAUCGAGCCGAAAGAGCGAUACACUGGAGACUUCAACGUAAAGACGAAGAACCCGGUCUUAUUCAUCGGUAACAGCCACGACGCCCUCACGCCUCUAGUUUCGGCCAAGAAUGUUAGUGCUACCUUCGAGGAUAGUGUCGUGCUUGAGGUCAUUGGAUACGGCCACGCUUCAUUGGCUGCACCUUCAGCUUGUACCAUCAGAACAACCUCGGCCUAUUGGGCUAACGGCACACUCCCUCCUGAAGGGAAGGUCUGCGAGUUGGAUGCCCCGCUAUAUUCUAAUGUUACAUGGGCGGAUGUCAUCGACAAGGUCUACGGCAAUGGUACUUUCACUUCUGUUAAACGAGACCUCUCUUUUCGACCUACAGUAGGCACAGCUCUAACUCCUCCUUCGAUCUGGAAAUAAUUGGCGUUAUCGUCAAGGAGAUCAUUUACAUCCCGUUGUCAAUUGGCUACAAGGAGUGGCGUGAGGUGGUUAGAAUAUUAAGGUCAUCGCCUAGCUUUUCAUUUCUCCGUACCUAGACAAUUUCAAUAACACCACCUUCUUUCGUAA